AUGACAAUCUUUCUGUGCGAACCUGUACAGCGACUUCCGAUUAAUUUAGUGUGUUUGCUCACAUGUUUGAUCAACAUUUGUUUAGUGUGGACAACUUCAAUAGUUCCCUCAAGUCACAUCCACUUUUAUUUGUCCGAUAACACCCCGGCAAAUCAACUGGUUGGGAAUAUUCGUCAGGCCGUUCGUCUUAAUCAGUCCUUGAUGCGAAUCGUGUUGAAACCCGACAAUCUAUUUCGUGUCAAUUCACAGGGCGAGCUGUUCACUCGAGAACCGAUCGAUAGAGAUACGGUUUGUGCGCGUAUGGCCUGUUGUGCGAUGGAAGUUUGUCAACACCAGAUGGACGCCUAUCUGUUUCAACAUCAACCGACCACUCCAACAACUGUACGAAUACUUGUGUCGAUUGCUGAUGAGAACGAUAAUGCACCGGUGUUUAUCCAUAAGUCGAUCAAAGCAAAAGAUCCUGGUGCCACAGACUCACCCCCGUAUUGGGAACUGAAAAUUCCGGAGUCUACUCCGGUUGGGAGUCAGUACGCUCUGCCAACAGCUACCGACCUGGAUUCCAAGCGCUUUGGUUUAAAGGGAUAUCGAUUAAUCCAGACAGACUCUCUACAGCUAUCCAAGCAGUUUUGUUCCACGGGCUUCUUCCCAUUCAGUCUCAACUACCAUUCAGAACUAACUUUGUCCGAUGAGUCACACACUCCGCACCUUCGGGUUGACCAAACCUUAGACAGAGAAAUUUGUAGUGGCUAUGAUUUGUACAUGAUUGCUGAGGAUGCCGGUGAGCCAGCUCUGAGUUCAGUUCUUCAUAUCCACGUGAUUGUGCUCGAUGUAAAUGACUGUCCACCCGUUUUUCUUAAUAUAUCUUCAGUCACGGAACUUGAUGUGACUAUUCCAGAAGACAUAUCCGUAGGAACAGUGAUAUAUAGGUUUCAUGUAGAGGAUCCCGACGAAGGUAUAAACGGGAUUGUUUCCCUCUCGAUCGACCUGCAAAUAAAUAGCCAAGCGACCAACAAAACUUUGUUGGAUCAGAUCUCGUCCAAAUAUACUAUACGUAGCUCAACCGGUGAAGUUUGUGUGGCUCGUGAAUUGGAUUAUGAGAACGAAUUCGAGCGACGUCUAGUACUGCUUGUACGAGCCACUGACCGAGGGGCACCAAGUCUUACCUCCACGGCUAGUUUGACCGUUCAUCUGGUGGACGUGAACGAUAAUGCACCUAGGAUUGAAAUUACGGAGGCGCAACCACAAGACACGUGGUUCCAUUUGAAACGCCACUACGUUUUACGUGAAAAUGACCCAGAGCCACGUCUUCUUAAGCUUAUAUCUGUGACCGAUUUGGAUGAAGUGUCUGUGGAUAAAAUUUCAUGUGCAUUGGAAGGCGGUUACUCGCAAGAUUUCGAACUAAGACCCUAUUCGAACUCAAUGUAUGGCUUGUUGAACCUGCGUGCUUUUGAUUACGAGGUGGAUUCGGACGAUUCGGGCGAACUGUCCUUGAUAGUUCAGUGCACAGACAAUGCUGCUCCAAAGAUGACCACGGUCGAACGCAUUCGUAUCUCCCUGGGAGACGAUAAUGAUAAUUGGCCAAAGUUCACGCAAUCUCACUACGAAUUUUAUAUCGCAGAGGACUUCUCUGUUGGUCGAGAACUGGGCCGUGUGUUGGCUAGUGAUGCGGAUAGCGGACCGCGAGGGAAACUCACCUAUACGCUUAGCCCGGUAACAUUCUCUUCAGAUGGACUGGAAUACAAUGAUACCGUUACAAUUGAUUCAGCAACCGGUGUACUGUUCUUGUCACAACCAUUGGAUCGGGAGCAACGAACCAGAAUGGAUUUUCUGGUGACCGUGUCGGAUUGCAUUUCGACUGACUGUGCCACUGAGGAGAGAAAAACAAACACGACUCGUGUGAGUAUUUUUGUAAUGGAUGUGAAUGACAACGCACCUGUAUACACCGGACCCAAUCCAUUGCAUGUGAAUGAAGACGCACCUGUUGGCACAGUGAUUGUUGAAAAAAUGUUAUUCCACGAUCCCGACCUUGGAAAAAAUGGAACAUUUGACAUAUCAUUCCUUGAAGUGCGUCGAACCAGUGGUAAUGCGAACACUGAAGAGUUCAGCUUAAACCUGCAGUCGGUUGACAGAAACAUAGCAUGGUAUAGUUCUCCUGUCAAAUUAGACAACUCCUCUGGCUUGGUAAUCGUUCGUCCUUGGGAAAGAGAGUCUACGUUACUGAUCAAGGUACUGGCGGUGGACCGAGGCGAUGUGGUCAGGUUUACCACGACAACUAAUUUGAUUCUCAACAUUGAUGAUGUGAAUGACAACGCGCCCGAACUAAUCUUUCCUAGAAACGGCAGUGUUUUGCCCGGAUCCAUAACAAAUUCCGAUUGGGCCGAAUUCGGCUAUCCUCUUCNNNNCAGUUGA